AUGAACAGCAAGACAAAAAGGGCUGUUAUUGAAGCAGCUCUGAUUGCCCCCCUUGUCAAUCUUCUUCAAAAUGCCGAGUUUGACAUUAAAAAGGAAGCUGCUUGGGCAAUCUCAAAUGCUACAUCGGGUGGAACUCAUGAUCAGAUCAAGUACUUGGUUGGCCAGGGUUGCAUAAAGCCUCUCUGUGAUCUGCUUGUUUGCCCGGACCCAAGGAUUGUCACUGUCUGUUUAGAAGGUCUAGAGAAUAUUCUCAAGGUUGGAGAAGCUGAGAAGAGCCUAGGUAAUACUGGAGAUGUCAACUUGUAUGCACAGAUGAUAGAUGAUGCGGAGGGAUUGGAGAAGAUUGAAAACCUGCAGAGUCAUGACAACAAUGAAAUAUACGAAAAGGCUGUUAAAAUUCUAUUACACCCAUCUCCCUCAGUGCUGAUUCCCGCUCUUCGUACAGUGGGAAAUAUUGUGACUGGAGAUGACAUGCAGACUCAGAGUAUCAUCAACCAUGGUGCACUCCCUUGCCUUUUGAACCUGUUGACACAUAAUCACAAAAAAAGCAUCAAGAAAGAAGCUUGCUGGACUAUAUCAAACAUUACUGCUGGAAAUAAGGAACAAAUACAGGUUUGGUUAUGCUUCUGGGAUUUUGGACUAUAA